AUGCUCGAUCAGCCUCGUACCGACAUUGCAGUUCUCAUCCCGAUAGAGCUCCGUUUCAGUAGUCCCCAUCCAGCCCGCGUCCUGCGGGACUGCCCAGGGGUAAAGUUCUCAAAUGAGGUCAAGGGUGCGAGUUUAGGAUCCGUCCAGGGUAAGUUCGUCGAUGGAACUCCAACUUUCAAGACUGGAGACUUCAAGGGUAGUUGA